AUUGCAUCAGUUUCUCAGUAUCCUGAGAAUCGAGCCAGUGCAUCGAUGUAAAGCAUCAAACCUCCUUCAUCUGUGAAGACAAUGAGGAAAUGAGGACAGAUUCCCCCAGGAAUAGUGCUUAAGUGAUAAUUGAGUAUCUUGUUAGCAGCACAGAAAUGAAUAACUCAACGAACAUAAACUCUUCCUCUGAAAAUGUAAUAGCUCUGGAGAGCCCCUAUAAAACUAUCGAAGUGGUCUUCAUCGUCUUGGUGGCAGGUUCUCUCAGCUUAGUUACCAUAAUUGGGAACAUCCUGGUCAUGGUGUCAAUCAAAGUCAACAGGCACCUGCAGACUGUCAACAACUAUUUCCUGUUCAGCUUGGCCUGCGCUGACUUGAUCAUAGGCAUCUUUUCCAUGAACCUAUAUACCCUCUACACUGUGAUAGGCUACUGGCCCUUAGGGCCCGUGGUAUGUGACCUCUGGCUGGCUCUUGAUUAUGUGGUCAGCAACGCCUCUGUGAUGAACCUCCUUAUCAUCAGCUUUGACAGAUACUUUUGUGUCACCAAGCCUCUGACAUACCCUGUAAAGCGGACGACUAAGAUGGCAGGCAUAAUGAUUGCAGCUGCAUGGGUUCUCUCCUUCAUCCUGUGGGCCCCUGCAAUUCUCUUCUGGCAGUUCAUUGUAGGGGGAAGGACUGUUCCUGACAAGGAUUGCUACAUCCAGUUUUUUUCCAAUCCUGCUGUCACUUUUGGCACUGCCAUUGCAGCAUUCUAUUUACCUGUUAUAAUCAUGACUGUUCUUUACUGGCAAAUCUCUCGAGCCAGCAAGAGUCGAAUAAAGAAAGGGAAAAAGGAAGCUGCCCAAAACCAGGAUCCAGUUUCCCCCAGCCUUGUCCAAGGUAAAAUAGUAAAACCAAACAAUAACAACAUCCCAACUAGUUCAGAUGGGCUGGAACAUAAUAAAAUUCAGAAUGGAAAAACUGCUGGAGAGAGUGUGAUGGAAAACUGUGUUCAAGGGGAGGAGAAGGACAGCUCCAAUGACUCCACCUCAGUGAGUGUUGUCCCUUCCAACAUAAAAGAGGAUGAAGCUGCCAAAGAUGCCAGCCAGACUUCUGCCUCCCAAGACCACCUCAAAGUGGAGAACUCCAAGCUGACAUGCAUCAGGAUAGUAACCAAGUCCCAAAAGGGUGACUGCUGUGCUCCCACCAACACUACUGUGGAAAUUGUAGGCACUAAUGGGGAUGAGAAGCAGAAUAGUGUAGCCCGGAAAAUAGUCAAGAUGACAAAGCAGCCAGCCAAAAAGAAACCACCACCUUCUAGAGAGAAAAAAGUGACAAGGACCAUUUUAGCCAUCCUCCUAGCUUUCAUCAUCACCUGGACCCCAUACAAUGUUAUGGUGCUCAUCAACAGCUUCUGUGCAUCCUGCAUCCCUGGUACUGUAUGGACCAUAGGUUAUUGGCUCUGUUACAUCAACAGCACCAUCAAUCCUGCUUGUUAUGCGCUCUGCAAUGCCACAUUCAAGAAGACCUUUAAGCACCUUCUUAUGUGCCAUUACAAGAAUAUAGGAGCAACAAGGUUUCAUCGUCCUGCUGAUAAGAAACGAUUGCUUACUACUAAGUCUUGCAAAACUGACUUCAAUUUUCCAGCAAGUAUGAGAAUGCUUUAUUCCAGGCAUGUCUAAUCCACUGGCCACAUAAGCCCCAGGAGAGCUCAUACUGCAGCCUGCCCCUUCCCCGCACUAUCAUGGUGGUGGUUCUUCCCUUCUGAGCGGUCCAGCUAAGACCUGGGCACACAUCCAUCUCUUAGCAACAACCAAUAUAUCAGUGUCUCAGCUGAACCCAGGACAAGUGGAAGGUACAGUACAGUGCUAACUCAAGACAUGGCAAAUAAUUUUAUACAUUUUUUAUGCUUUGGCUGAACACAGUCUUUCGAACAACAAAAAAUAGGCAGUCUUGAUUUCUGUCUUCAUAAAGGAAUUUGAGAACAGGUUUCAAGACUGAAGAGAAUUUAAUCAAUUUUUGUGUAUACUUGCAACUCCGUUUUCAGUCAAAAAAUACAAUACCUACAAAUUUUCAAAUGAAAUGUAUAGAGUUGCCAUCAGACAUUCAACUCAAAAAUUUGAUCAUGUCUUUUCAUUAGACUUUUGUCAGACCUAUCUUAGCAGGGAAAACUAGUCCUCACUUCACAAUCACACCUUAUAUUUGUCACCACUUUUUGGCAGUAUAUACAUUUGUGAGCAACUAUUCUCAAGGAUGAAGUGGAGGAGGAGCAACAUUUCAUCAAAAAAUAGCUGAUGAGCACCUUGAAAAAUCAGUAAGAAUCGCAAAUGCUUCCAUCAAACCAGACAUUGAUGCAUCAGUUUCACAAAACAAAGUCACCUCACACCUCACUAGUUUUAUGCUUUGUUUCUCCCUUUUUUUUUUUUUUUUAUUUCAGUAAAAAAGAAAAUAUAUAUUACAAAAUAAUAAUAAUAAUAAUUUUUGUUACCUACUUACAUUAACUAUAUUACAUAUUUUGUAUACAGCCCAAGAUAAUUCCUCUUCAUUCAGUCUCAGGAAAGACAAAAAGUUGGGCACCCAUGCUUUAUUCUGUUCUUUGAAGCUGCCACUUGUUCAUAAAUUAUGAGUUCCUCCAAUAGCUGAGGACAUUUCUAUAGGUUAAGAAGUGUAAGCUAUUGAUUACAAUUAUACUUUUCAUCCUGUGACUGUGACUUCAUAAUGCUCAACGUAUCUUUAGGAAAAAAAUUUAUUUUGGGGCCAGUGUUCAUAAAACAACUAAAAAAAAAGAGAAAGAAAAAGAAAAA